AUGUCGGCACCCCACGCACAUGUGCAGCCGCCAACAACACCUUCGCGUGAUGUCACGAGCAAUUUGGACGCACUUCGCAGCUCCCUCGAGGAAAAAGAGGUGCCGGUUCCCCUGUCCGUGGUGUGCAAGACGGUGGGAGAAGAUGACCAGGGAGCUAUCUGCCUCAAUGCCACAACCGUUCAGAGAGUCCUGCUCGAACCCAUACUGCCGAUGCCCCCGCCGGAGCAGCUAGAAAAUGACCUCUUGUUCGGAAUGAGGGUCAACGAAGGCCCAAUUGCAGGGGGGGAGAUAAUCAGCAGAAGAAGGAACGUGGAGGACGUUGGAGGGUGCGUCAUGGUGCGUGAGAUUCUAGACUUGAAGAACGUCCCGCUGGAUAUUCGUCUACAUUGGAACUGGUGA